CAGAUUCCAUUUAAAGUUGGAAAGUUGUCGCUAGAACAAGCCGAAGAAGCAAACGCAGGAAUUGAGCAUAGCAUAGCAGAGCAGAACAGAGGAAGAGUGCGAAGAAAAGGAUCAUCAUUGUGGAUGGCAGAGGGGAACGGUGACAGAACUCUGCCGAGAAUCGCAGAGGCAUUCAAGGACCUCGCAAGCGUCGUCACCGAUUCGCAGAACGCGGAGGUGAAGGUUGCUCCCUUCUCCCAUGCCUGUUCUCUCGUUUCCCCUCUUUUUGGUUGCUUGGGUGUCGCCUUCAAGUUCGCCGAGAUGGAUUACGUUGCCAAGGUUCAUGAUCUUGCAGAGGCGUCGAAGUCUAUUCAGAGCUUACAGUCUCUGAUCGAUCUGGAUGUCCGAGGUGGCACCGUCAGGAAGGGAGGUAGCCACACGCGGAAUCUGCUGAGAGUGAAGCGCGGACUUGACAUGGUCAGAGUACUCUUUGAGCAGAUUCUGGUUACUGAGGGUAAUUCCCUUAAGGAUCCAGCUUCCAAAGCUUAUGAUCAGGUGUUUGCACCCCACCAUGGUUGGGCAAUCAGGAAGGCUGUUGCUGCUGGAAUGUAUGUCCUUCCUACAAAGGAACAACUUUUGAAGAAACUCAAUGAAGAUGAGCUUGAGCAGGGGAGGCAGGCAGUGUGAGAUAUCAUUUUUGUGAAAUCUAUGCAUGACGAAUCAGGAAUGGUUAAUCAUUUUACCCUGCCUAUCGUAAGUUAGCGGUUGCAUCUCUUGUUUAACCUUGAAGUUUGUGAUAGUGAUCUCAGUCUUACCACCCACUUUUAGAUGAUAUAGCUUUCCCUCAUCCAAUGUUGCUUUGUAGCCACACGUCUAUGAAUGAGUUUGGAUUUCAGUUGUGGAGCAUUCAGACCAACUUUCAGUUUUUAUUGAAUAUUGUGCAAACAUGUUUGGUAUUUUUUAGAUCUAGUUAGAGAGAGGAAAAGUUUCACCACAAACUCAUGUUGAUCUAAAAACUGCAAUGAAUUGUUUCUUUUCAACUCAAAUUAAUUUCCUAACUGAAAUACAAACGUAUACUAUGUACUUAACAGCUUGUAGAAGCAUAAAGAUUAAAACGAACAUGAUAUCGUUUCUAUUCGUUUCAUCAUAUUGUUUCUUGUGGUUGUUCUUUUUACCCUUCUUUCUCAAAGGUAAAUCAAGUCAGUGUACAAGAAUAGGGAAAGGGCAAGUCAUGUCAGAUAUUACAUUAUUCAAACUUGUCUAGUAAAUUGAAGUUGACGUAAUUAUGAUGUUCACUUUUCUGUUGUAUUUUUUAUUGGAAUCU